AUGGAGCGACGCCGUGAUGGCCAGCGCUCGGUGGCGGCUGCUGAAGCUGCGGGGCUGCGAGCAAAUAGCGCUGAGCAGCCGGCAGAUGGAGCUGAAAGCACGGCUGGUGCUGGCGGCGCUGAAGGUGGCGCUGGCAUGGCCGCAGCUGACUUGCAGCUGGACGUGGUGGAGAAGGCCAUCAUAGGACAGGAGUUGGUGCCCGUGGAAGAGGAACCAAAAAGGGGUCAAAAAACCGAUGAAGAAACUCAGAAGGAGUCAAAAUCGGAGAUGUUUGAAACUCCAGGGGUUCAAAGGCCACAGGGUUUCGACCAAUUGCAGAGCUUGCAUGAGUCUCGCCAACGAGAGAUGGAGUGGCGCGCCAACAUGGAGCUGAUGGUCGAGGUUGUUCAAAAGGGUUUGAAAAAGAAGAUAGUAAAGGAGGAUGGGACAGUGGUCCAGCAAGCUCCAAAAAAGGAGGAAGGGACAGCAGUCCAGCAAGUUCCAAAAAAGGAGGAUGGGACAGUAGUCCAGCAAGCUCCAAAAAAGGAGGAAGGGACAGCUGUCCGGCAAGCCUUUAGUUUUGAGGACGGGGCAGAAGCCCAGCAAGAGCGAUCGUCUGAGGGAUGGACCAAGGUGCAGUCAGGAGCGCAAGAAGGUUCAUCUGAAGGAGAUCAAACAGACCAAGCUGAGGAUUCACAAGAAGAAGAACUUCAUGGUCCUCGACAACAACAAGGCCGACGUGCACCAGGUGAUCCAACAGUUCAAGUCUUGCUCAAGGUUGUGGAGACUAUGCAAACGAUGCAGAAGAUGAUGCUCAAGUCCAAGGAUGAAGGGGGUGAGGAUCCUGAAGUUGUCAGGGUAUCUGCUCCGCUACCACGUCUACCAGACUGGUGCGCAGAAACAGCUCCCAUCGACUUCAAUGACUGGCUGACCUGCAUCGAGGUUCACAUGAGCGACCUGCUUUCGCACUCUCCGGAGCUGACCGAUCACCUCAAGCAGAAGAAGUGGAUGCGAUUGGAAAAGAGAGCUACCAGUCUUCUGAUGGCCGCUUUGCCUGAGAUGCUCCGUGAGGAGGUAGUUUCUGCAAAGGCCGUAUCGGCCGUUGGAAUCCUCUCCCGUGCCAUGCUGCUUUAUCAACCUGGUGGCCUUGGUGAUCGAGGAGCGAUUCUUCAAGCUCUUGAAAGCCCAGUUCAAUCGUCGACGGUGUCUAUGGCGAUUGUUCAACUUCGGAAAUGGAUCCGAUGGAAGCGCAGAGCACUGGAGAUGAAUGCGUCGAUCCCAGACUCUUCAAUUUUGAUGAGAGGGUUGAGCCGCCUGAUGAAGAAGUUGGUGACGCUCUACCCUGACCUCAACUUCCGCCUGUCGCUGGUCCGAAAUGCUUUGCUGGUGGAUACAGUGCCAACUUUUGAGUCGGUGACAAAGUACAGUGAGCACCUCUUGGCUGAGCUGGAGCAGUUAGGGCAGCAUGCAAAACGAAACGAAUCUGCCGACGUCCAGCCCAAGCUGAAAAAGUUGGAGGAGAGCAACCACUACGACGACAAGCAGCAGAGACCAAAGGGAAAGCCACAGGAGGAGUUUGAGUCAAAGAAGAAGCCAUGCCGGUUUUUUCUGUCUGAAGGUGGAUGCAAGCGAGGAAGAGCCUGCCCAUAUGGGACAUCUUUUGGAUGGAGAAAGGCGCUGUUGGACUUGUGGCAGCCUGGAGAAAACGGGGGAGAAGACAGCAUGAAGGUCUUGAUUGACGAGGCCAACAGGAUGCUUCAAUCUCUUCAACAAUCAGAUCCAAAGGAGAAGACCAUCGCCCCAAAGCUGCAGGAUGAUAAGAUGGCUCAACUUCAACGGCAACUGGAUGAGCUGAAGAAGGCCUCUUUGAGACCCUUCAGGCUGUCAAGAAUGGCCUGCACAAAAGCCACAGGCCUGUUGGAUAGCGGUGCAACACAUCCUCUUCGAGCUCGACGCAAAGGAGAAAGAGUUGGUCAUCUUCCAAAGGUCCAAGUCACUCUUGCAGGUGAUCAACAAGUGACGAUGCACCUGUCGCCAACGGGGGUGAUCAAUGGAGAAGAAAGUGCAGACCCAAUCGUCCCGAUGGGUAUCUUGGCCGGGUCCUUGAAGUGCAGUAUCAAUUGGUGUGGUGAUCAACUCACAGUCAUCCACCCGAAGCUUGGCCCUCUUGACGUCAAGAUCCAAGAUGGCUGCCCAAUGGUCACACAUGACCUCGCUUUGAAGUUGAUUGAGGAGAUCGAGACAAAGGCCAGUUUUGCCCUUCGUGCCUUUGAUGUCAAUGCUCACACAGAGCUUCAGUGGAUUCAGCGCAUUGUCAACGAGCACCCAGUUUUUGCAAACCUGCCCAACGACCUCAAGCAGUCCUUGGUUGAGAUCCCUGCCACCGACCUGAAGUCUUUGGCGAAUCGAAGAAUUCGCAAGUUUUGGAAGCGGGAAGGUGUUUUGGUUCAUGCCUUUUCUGGCGAGGACUCUGGCUACACUCUGCGCAGAGCCUUUCACGAGGUGGGUGGGGACAAAAGAGCCAUGCUGGAGUUAGAUGUGCUUCAUGGAGGUCCUCAAAAAGAUCUAUCACCAGAAGGUCAAGCCUAUCCUGCUCUUCUACGUCUUGCCAUGGAUGGAACUUGCAAAGGUUGGAUAGGUGGGCCACCAUGUCGCACGAGAUCAAUGCUGAGGCAUCUCCCUGUUCAAGGUCUUCAAAUGCCACGACCACUUAGAGCUUGGGAAGGAGGUGAACAUGGACUUCAAGAUCUAUCUCAAGCUGAAAGAGAUCAGGUUUUCUUGGACGACGUGCUGAUGUUCCGCUUCUUGUUGCUCUACGUGAUCAGUGAAGAAGUUCGACAAGCCAACAAGCUUGAGGAGCCUGUUUCUUUGCUCCUUGAGCAACCUGCCGAUUUGGCCCACAUGCCGGAGGUUGUCACCAUUUGGAGAACUCCUGCGUGGAAAGAGCUGGUUCGAAUCUAUGGUCUCCACAUGCAGACCUUCAACCAAUCUGAGUUUGCGGCGGUGGCCACGAAGCCUACUACAAUUGGAGGUAACCUUCGACUACAAGUGCCAAUGCCUGGUCGUCGUGGAGCUCCUCGUGAUGUUGAAGGAAAAAGCAAAGGCCAAAUAUGUGAGGAGGCAAGGUUGCUCUCACGAUGGCCACCUUUGAUGAUGCGGGCCAUUGCAACGUCUUUGCAACUGGGCCCAAUGAAAGGAAAGUAUCUCCUUGUUGGCGCCUUCACCUGGCUUGCUCCUGGCCAAACGCCCGAUGAUUUUGUGGAAGAAGAUCCACCUGAAGUUCCAGAAGGAGCCCCCGAGUUGAAAGAUCAUGAAUCUGAAGAAAAAGAGAUUGAAGAUGCGGACGACGUCUGGGGGGAGAUCCAAAAUGAAAGAAAUCAAAGGGCGGCCGAGCGAGAGGAAAGGCGAAGGAAGGCUGACAAGGAGAAGAAAGAGUCAAGUGAUUCAAAGUAUCCACAAGGGUCAGAGGAUGUAGAAGAAGAAAGGAAAGAUGAAAAGAAGGAUGAAGAAGAAGAGAAGAAGGUUCCUGAAGUGACGGUCACCAGACUUUGCACUCCUUUGCCAUCGAAGAAUCGCUAUGAUGUGCUCAAGGCCGAGAUGCGACGGAUUUUGCAUGCUGCUGGAGCCCCUUUCAACUUGUGGCCACUUGCAGCAAGAAACAUCAAUGAAAGACUUCGACUGAAGCAGAUUGGAAAGAAUCCUGCCCUUCCCAACUUCAUGGCUGAGGAAGUCACCAUUGAGGAGCAGAAGGAAGAAGAGGAGAAAGAAGAAAGCAUUUUGAGGACGAGAAAAGUCAUUGAAGAGGAGAUGAAGUUCGCCAUGGAAGAUGAUUCUGAAGGGUCCUACUUCACUGUGGAUGCCAUCGCCAACCUCAAGCAGUUGACUGCCAGCACUGCCCCUGAAGAAGUGCUGCAGACCCGAAUCGUGGGUCAACAAGAAGUUCGAAAACAUCUACAAGAUUGGAUCGAUCCGAUCAAAGCAGAGCUCAAGGCCUUGUUUGAGACCAAGAAGGCGCUGCAGCCGAUCGAUUCCCAUCAAGUUCAACAACUAGUGGCUGAAGGUAAGGCUGAGAUUUUGCCUUCAAAGAUGGUCUGGACGGUGAAGCCUUCGCCCACAGACAAGCUUGGCCGUCGCAAAGCCAGGCUGGUGGCAUGUGGCAACUUUCAAAGCCAAGAUCCAGAUCAAGCAGAAUCUCUUUUUGCUGGAGGUGCUACGGGUGUUGCUCUGCGAGCCUCGUUGAGCAUUGCUCCCCAGAAGAAUUGGCAGGGCUAUGUGGCCGACAUCAAGACGGCGUUCCUCAAUGCACCUAUGAAGCUGGGUGGCUCAGAGAACAACAGCUGGCUCGUUUUGGAUCAGAUGAUCACGGAGCCCAACAUGUGGAGAAUUUUGAAGUUUGAGCCUGGCCCUUUGCAGGGCACUCAGGCAGAACAGCUGGUGGGAAUUCUUUUGGUCUAUGUGGAUGACCUUCUUCUACUAGGAGAUGAACCCACCAUUCAAGCCACAAUCCAGGCCAUCCAGGCCAAAUGGGAGACUUCGAUCCCCGAGAAGAUUGACAAGUUCUCGGGCGUGAGGUUCCUUGGGGCCGAGUUGUACAAUGAUGGCCCAAAAUGGUGGAUGACACAGCGAAACUACAUACAAGAUCUAUUGGCACGAAAUCUGGGGGGAGAUCGCGAGUCUUGGCCUACAAGAAAAAUCCCAAUGCUGGCUGAGCCUGAUACACGUGAAGACCCACCUGGAAAGGAUGCCAUCAACGUGAAGGAGGCACAGCGCAUCAUCGGCGAACUCGUUUGGAUCUCAACGAGGACUCGCCCAGAUCUGUCGUUUGCAAUCAACAGAUUGGCCUCCCUCAUUACAAAGGAUCCCCAGCUGGUGAUCGAGCUUUCAAAAAAUAUAUGGUACUACUUGGCGGCCACCAUUGACCAUGGCUUGCAGUUUGAGAAUCAGGAGGAUGAAAAAAUUAUGAACAUCUACACCGAUGCCUCCUUCAACGAUGUCAGCACUGGAUGCCACUUGGUCAUGUGGGGCUCGUCACUUUUGCUUUGGAAAAGUGGAAAGCAGUCUGUUUUGACUGCCUCAACGGCAGAAGCCGAAUUGGUGGAGAUCCUGGAGGGUGCCCUUUCGGGCGAUGCAGUGAGAGUCGUCCUCGAGGAGGCCUUAGAUCUUCGAGCUCGAGCCGUGUCUCAUACAGACAAUACAGCAUCAAUCUCCAUUGUCACGGGAGACAGUGGAUCGUGGCGAACAAGACACUUGAAAAAGAGGGCACACAUCUUGAAGACCAAGGUGAUCCAAGGAGACUGGCUUCUCCGACAUCUUGCAGGAGCUGACCUUCCUGCAGACCUUGGCACCAAAGUUUUGUCUUCUGAAAAGUUUGCCAAGCACAAGCGUCUCAUGGGCAUGUACUUGGGUGAUGAUGUGAAAAAAGACCAAGAAGGUCAAAACAGAAAACCAGAGGGUGAAAGUGAUGUGGAAAAAAGAGAAGACGGCUUUGUCAUGAAUGCCGGCAGAACCAAACAAGCCUUGAAGGCGAUCAUUUUGUUUGCCCGAUUGGCGAAGCAAAAGGAACCGAGAGUGAUCAAAUCCAAGUCUGGCAGCCACGUUUUUCCCAUUCCAGUUUUCAGUGAUUCAAGCAGCGGACCACCUUUUUUCAUCAUCCUGACCAUGGUGUUUUCGUUUGGCCUGCUGAUUGGUGCUGUCGUGAUGUGGUUUGCUGUGUACCCGUAUUUUCAGCGGGAAGAGCUUCGCAACCAAGGAGAGAAGAUGGGCCAACUAAGGCUGCGGGCGCUUCAACUCUGGCGGCUGAUGCUCCUUCGAGCGCUGCAGAUGGGCGAGCUGCUGGCGCGCGAUCUUCGGCGGCUGGCGCUUCAUCCACGGCUGCGGGCGCGAGAGCUUCGACUGCGGCUGCUGGCGCUUCAUCUUCGGCUGCUGACGCUUCAUCUUCGGCUGCUGGCGCUUCUUCGGCAGCAAGCGUUUUGCCGGCUGCUGAUGCAGGUGCGUCUGAGGGGGCCAAUUUGGGCACCGGGGUCCGGCGGAGACAAAGAGGAGCCAGAUCUCGAGUGCCAAUUUUGUAUGUGA